CCAUAUAUUUCACUAUAGGUUGAUGCUUAGCUAAGCUAACUAUGAAACACUUUAACUGACAGGACUCAGGAUCAACGGUGUACUGUAAGGUAGCUUCAUGCCGAACAGUCAACAUUUUCCAGAGAGCUUUCUUUGAAAUCACCAGACAAUAUGGCACACCAUGCCCACCCAUUACCUGAAAAUACCUAUAGAGAAAUGGAGCCAGUGCCAGAGGAUACACCAAAGAUCCAGGGCUAUGACGUCAACCAGGGAGUGGACUACCGCGCACUGAUGAAGUCCUACCUUACCACCGGUCUGCAGGCCACUAGGGUGAGCUUGGCUAUCCAGGAGAUCAACAAAAUGAUCGAGAGGCGCCAGCAACCGAUGAAGAGGAUAAAUGGAUUUGCUGAGGAAGACCCAUCCACUUGCCCCUGCCUUAACAGCUGCACCAUCUUCUUCAGUUACACCUCAAACCUCAUCAGCAGUGGAGUCAGGGAGAGUAUCCGCUAUCUCGCAGAACACAAAAUGGUGGAUGUCUUAGUGACCACAGCUGGAGGUAUAGAGGAGGAUCUGAUCAAGUGUUUGGGCCCGAUGUACAUAGGAGACUUCGAUAUGCCUGGCAAGCAUCUUUACAAAAUAGGACUGAACAGGACAGGAAACACACUGAUGCCUGAAGAAAACUAUGUGAAAUUCGACAAAUGGUUGAUGCCCAUUUUAGAGCAGAUGCUGCUGGAGCAGAACACUCAGGGCGUUCGCUGGACUCCAUCUAAGAUAAUCCAUCGGCUUGGCAAGGAGAUCAACAACCCUGAAUCUGUUUACUACUGUGCCUACAAGGCGAGUCCUGCCGGUAUACAUUAGACUGGAAAUGUGUGGACUUUUGGAAAAAACGAGGGAUUUUCCUCUAAAAUACACUAAACAUUGAUCUGCUGUCGAUUUCAGAAUAACAUCCCGGUGUUCAGCCCUGCCUUGACAGAUGGUGCCAUCGGAGACGCGUUCUUCCUCUUCUCAUUCAAAAAGCCCGGUUUGAUACUGGACAUAGCUGAGGAUAUUGCAAAGUUGAACCAUCUUGCAGUGGCAGCUAACAGCACAGGGAUACUCGCCCUGGGAGGGGGCGUGUCCAAACACCAAGUCUGCAAUGCAAAUGCAUGGAGAGACGGAGCUGAUUAUGCGGUGUUUGUGAACACGGCUCAGGAGUUCGAUGGCUGUGACUCUGGAGCCAGACCUGAUGAGGCCGUGUCCUGGGGCAAGAUCAGCUUAGAUGCCAAACCUGUGAAGGUGUUUGCAGAUGCUUCCAUUGUUUUUCCCUUACUGGUUGCAGAGACCUUUGCAGUUCAUGCUAAUAAGAUGACAGCUGGCAAAAACAAGUCAACAGAUGUUUCCUAAAUCUGUUAGAAACACUAAACAUAUUUCAUUUUCCUAUUUAUUCUUUCUGUAACAUGAACUGGGAAAAUAAAUGAUAUAUGCAUUUAAAAA